CAGCUACCUAGCAUGUACUUCUCUUACUACAUAUAAUAACCAAUAGCCAGUAACGGCCCCAAAUUCUACAACAAUGUACGCGCGAUACGUCCCUCCACCCAAAGGUACUUCACAAGGCGCAGAAAUACAAAAAACUACAGAAUCGCCAUCCAGUCCACCAGUCAAGCAACAACCGACGGCUUAUGCGAGAUACAUCCCACCUCCCAAGUCCACCAAUGGCCAAUCGAAUCACCAAGCUUCAAAUCAUGUCCGCUUUGAACAUGGAAAUGACAUAGAAGAGCCACCGCCUAAGAAGGCUAAGUUGGCCGAAGACCAUGCCACUCCCAAGGAAUUAAAGAAGAAGCCUAAAGGCUCAAAAAAGUCCACGAAGGAGCCCAAGACAAUUAUAGCCGAUUCAACACAAUUAGAAGAUGCGGACAAGUCUUACGCCGAGCCAACCAAUGUUCAGAAUGGACUCAAUGAUAGUGCGGUGGCCGAGCAGUCAGAGGCAGUAGACCAACAAGUCGCCCGUGAGCAAAUCGAGUUGGUCGAUGAGAUAAAGGAGAAAAGGAGAAACAAAAAGAAGUCAAAUAAGAUAGAAGCUGCGCAUGAAACUCCGAUUCAACACCGUUCAGUUCUCGAAAAAGCAGCCAAGGCAAUGCGACAUCCCGAGUCGCAACCUAUAUCAGAUCAACAAGAGGAUUUGCCAAUGCACGAUGCGCCCGGGAUUGGCGAAGAUUCGGAUGUGCCUGAAGUUCAUGGACUCCAACCAUUGCCUCAACCGAAACCCGUUGUGCUGGAUACGACAAAGCCAAGUUACGAGACACUACCGCCCUGGCUAGCAGAGCCAAUUCGUGUAUCCCCACAGGCUACCGCGCCUUUUGUUGAAUUUGGAAUCAGUCCGGACUAUGGAAUCACUCCCGAAAUAGCUGAGAAGCUGGCUGCAAAUGGAUACAAACAAGCGUUCGCUAUACAAACAGCUGUCAUACCCUUGCUCCUCCCUCACCACGACAAAAGAAUGCAGGGUGACCUCUUAGUAUCAGCAGCUACAGGUUCGGGGAAAACAUUAGCCUACGUUUUGCCCCUGAUGCGGGAUUUGAGCCAGGGAAAUCGUCACCUCACAAAACUCCGUGCGCUUAUUGUUCUCCCAACGCGCGAGCUAGUCAGGCAAGCCCAACAGGUCUGCGAGCAGUGUGCAGGCAUAUUCUCCUCCAAUGGCAAGAAAAGAAGACCGCGGGUUGGAAUUUCAAUGGGCAACAAGUCACUUGAACAGGAACAAGCUGCCCUUGUUGAGAGGGAGGAGCGAUAUGAUCCCGAAGCCUAUGAUAAACGCCAGACAAGAAGCUUGUCUAACCGUGGACAUGGCGACGAUGAAGACAACGAUGAAGGGUACCUAACUGAUGAUGAACGGAGAGCAGAGAUUCGGAAGAAGGAAGACAAGAUCCCAACCUUGCCAUAUCACGUACUUGACUACAAAUCCAAAGUUGAUGUUCUUAUCUGCACGCCUGGACGGCUUGUAGAGCAUAUCAAAUUCACGCCAGGGUUUACUCUGGACUUCGUCCGUUGGCUUGUUGUCGAUGAGGCAGAUAAGCUACUUGGCCAGUCUUUCCAGCAGUGGUUGGACAUUGUGAUCCCGCGGGUGCAAUCUAACGACACGGGCGCUCGAAAUCAUAAGCAGUCUAACUUGUCGGGAGUCCGUAAAGUUAUUCUCAGUGCUACCAUGACCAGAGAUCUCGAUCGUUUAGAAGGCUUGAAGCUUCGUCUGCCAAAAUUGAUUGUCCUUGAUGGGCCUACGACCACUAACGAGGCGGUAGAGGCCAAGUUCGCGCUGCCGGAGCUACUUAAAGAAGCCGCGCUCAAAGUCAAGGAUCCUAAUCUUAAGCCGCUAUUCCUUCUCGAUUUGCUUCAGAGCGAACACAUAUUAGGACAAAUCACGCCUAAUAAAUCUACGAUGGAUCUAUCAGACGACGAAACUUCGUCUUCCGGCUCAGAUUCAGACGACUCAGAGUCGGAUUCGGAAUUAGAUACAUCGUUUGGGCCUUCUAAGAAAAUUUCUAGAAAAACACACAUGUCCAGUGUCUUAAUUUUUACAAAAUCCAAUGAGACUGCUAUAAGACUUUCGCGGCUACUAUCAUUGCUUUCGCCAACAAUAGGGUCUAUCACCGGCACACUUACCUCGACAACGCAAUACACGGCUCGUAAAGAGACGAUGCGUUUAUUCGCAGCCGGGAAGCUACGAGUUCUCGUCGCCUCCGACCUCGUUUCUCGUGGUAUAGACCUUCAAUCCCUUGACCAUGUCAUCAAUUACGAUAUGCCAUCAUCCGCAGCCUCGUAUGUCCACCGAGUAGGUCGUACUGCCCGUGCCGGGAAGACAGGUAGAGCAUGGACAUUGUUUACGAAUUCAGAAGGGAGAUGGUUCUGGAACGAAGUUGCGGGCUCGACAUCUAUCCAGAGAAGCAGCAGUGUAGAGCGUAUUAGGGUGACGGAAGAAAAGGAGGAGGCAUUCGAGACGAAGGUAACCGCCUACGAGUCAGCACUUGCAAAGUUGGGAGAAGAGGCGGGCAACCCAAGGCAUCGAGCCCAAUGAGGUUCUCAACUUGGCCAGUUUGUACGAUCGUAUUUUAGGUAUCCCUUGAAUCCUAUAAUUCUCGGAAUGUCUGGUAGCCGCCCAAUACAGCCAACUACCUAUUAUUUCUAAGAAAAGCUGCAUGAAGUCAAAUUUAGUAUUGUAAUGAAAUGGCGUGUAAAUGGAAAACUCAUAGUGCAGUUGUCUCUCGUACCGAGACGAGAGCUGUACACUAUAAUCUCACGAGCCUAUAGUGCCGA